AAAAAAAAAAAAAAAAAAAAAUUAGAAAAGGGAGAAAAUCUCUGUCAUGGAACCUCAAAACCCCAACAAGCGACUUUGCAGAAUCCAAAACCCAGACCCUAAUUUCGAGCAGAACGACGUCGAUCUGAUUAUAUCUUCCUUCCUCUCGUUGCCGGACUUGCCUUCGUUACCCUCGCCGCUAUCCUUUAGCUCCUCCUUCGAUCGAGCGGUUGAGAAAUUGUUCGAAGCUUCCGGCGGCGAUGACUCCGUUCACGAUCGUCUCACUGAUCGAACACUCCAACUCGCGUCGCUUCUCCAAGAGUCCACCAAAAGGUUAUAUCGUAAGCGCGCUUCUUUCCACAAUUCCAAUUCCUGGCAACUCCCUCAUGAACUCACCAUUAAGGUCUUUUCGAUGGUUGAUACAAAAUCUCUGAUGCAAGUUUCAGCUUGUUGCACCUUGUUCAAAAAAGCUGCCAUGGACUCUUUUUGUUACUCCCACAUUGACUUGACAACUGUAAAUGUUGGAAAUAGAGUUGUGCGUAGUAUGAUCCUUAAUGCUGGAAAAGAACUCAGAUCCCUAAAAGUUGGUUUCCCGGAUGAAUCUACGGAAUUGUUGCUUUCAGAAUCUUGUCUUGCGGCACUAUCCUAUAAUCAUGGUUUUCUUGGGAAUCUCUUGACAAGCCUACACAUUUACAAUCUCAAAUGGUCGGAAAAGAAGUCCUCAUGUGGUGUGUUAUCGCCCUGCUCAAAUCUAACCGAUUUGAAGAUUGUUCGAUUGGAUGUUGAGUCAUUAAAUAGCGUAUUAAAUUUUCUCACAAGAAAAUGUCAGCAUCUGUUCUUAGAGAAACAGAUUGACUCUGUUAGAUCGAACAGUAUAUGUGGUUUGUCCUUUGAGAGAAACUGCCCCAGUAUAACUUCCCUAUCACUUAUAGGUUUUGACUUAAGUGAUAGGAAGGCCUACCUUCUUUUUAAGGGUUUACGUAAGCUCAAGUACCUGAACCUAUCCAGAACAGAUAGAAUCAAAGGACGCUUUUUGAGGGAUGUGAGCCAUGACUGUCAGGACUCUCCGCUCGAGACUCUGAUAUUGCGAGAUUGCGGUUCCCUAGAGGAGAGAAAUGUUUGCCGGUUUUUGAAUUCGUUACUCAUAGGACACUUCAAAUUCAUUCGACACAUUGACGUUUCAAAUAACAGGGGACUGAUUUAUGGCGGCAGGAGAUGUAGCAAACCAGUGUUUCCUCUGGAAAAGCUGAAUGAAGAAAGACCAGGUCUCACUUUUGUGGCAGAAUUUAAAUCACCAUCAUGGUCUUCAUCAUCAUCUUCAUCGUCUUCAUCUUCUUCAUCGUCUUCAUCGUCCUCAAGCUCAGAAGAUUCUUCUUCCAGCGAGGACGAGGACGAAGACGACUGACGUGUGACCUGCUUGUGAAGGUGUGAUAAUGGUCUCGUCUUCUUCUUUUAAUUUUUCAACUAUGGUCUAAAAAACCUUGUUGGAUCGUGCAUUCUACUUCAAAUAUCAUCUUUUAGUUACCCAAAGUAUAUGCUAUCUAGUCUAUAUUUGUUUGAUUUAAAUA